UGCUCCUUCUUUCUGUAUUUUUCCAGUGAUACUUUCUUUGUGAUAGUUGCUGUUGUAACCUAUAUUCGGCUUUUGUUAGCAGGUAUCUGGUACUCCUUCGGCAGAAGUUCCUUCUUUAGGCUUGCAAAGUCAGGACAGCUUUGGAACGUGGAUGAACAUCAUGUCAGAUGCACCAUGUUCCAUAGACGAGUCAGCUCUCGCAACAUCAAUUUCUACUGUUCGUGAACCAUAUUUAUCACUGGUGGCAGAUAAUCAGCUAUCUUCUUUGCCUGAACAAGUAUUUAAUCUCACAGAAGUGUCCCCUGCUUGGGCAUCUUCCACUGAGAAAACAAAGGUCCUGAUAACUGGAUAUUUUCAUAGUGACUAUCAACACCUUGCAAAGUUCAACCUAGUGUGUGUCUGUGGUGAUGUAAGUUUUCCUGUAGAAAUUGUUCAGGUCGGGGUUUACCGAUGCUGGGUGCUACCACACUCCCCUGGAUUGGUCAAUAUCUAUUUGAGCUUUGAUGGCUACAAGCCUAUUAGCCAUGUUGUUAAUUUUGAGUAUCGUACUCCCAUUUUGCAUGAUCCAACUGCUUCAAUGGAAGAGAAAUACAACUGGAAUGAAUUUCGACUUCAGAUGAGGCUUGCUCAUUUGCUCUUUUCUACCGACAAGAUCCUUGAUAUUUUCUCAAAUACAGUAUCACCAAAUGCUCUGAAAGAGGCUAGCAGAUUUUCCUUCAAAACAUCAUUUAUCUCCAAAAGCUGGCAAUUCUUGAUGAAGUCAAUUGACGAGCAAACAACUCCAUUUCCACAAGUAAAAGAUAGCUUGUUUGAAAUUGCAUUGAAAAACAAAUUAAAGGAAUGGCUUUUAGAACGAAUUGUUGUAGGCAGCAAGAGUACGGAAUAUGAUGCACAAGGGCAAGGUGUACUUCAUUUGUGUGCAAUGCUUGGAUAUAGUUGGGCAAUCUCCUUAUUUUCUUGGUCAGGCUUGUCUCUAGAUUUCCGUGACAAAUUUGGAUGGACAGCUCUUCAUUGGGCAGCUUAUUAUGGAAUGGAGAAAAUGGUUGCAACUCUGCUGUCCGCUGGGGCAAGGCCAAACCUGGUCACAGAUCCUACUCCGAAAAAUCCUGGUGGGUGUACUGCUGCUGAUCUUGCUUAUACGAAGGGCUAUGAUGGCUUAGCUGCUUACCUUUCCGAAAAGUCUCUGGUUGAGCAGUUCAAUGACAUGAGCUUGGCUGGAAAUAUCAGUGGCACACUGGACACUAGCUCAACUGAUGUAGUAAACACUCAAGAACUUACUGAGGACCAGUUCUAUUUAAAGGAGACAUUGGCAGCUUACCGUACUGCUGCUGGGGCAGCGGCACGCAUUCAAGCUGCAUAUAAGGAGCAUGAGCUAAAUCUACGAUACAAGGCUGUUGAAUUAAACACCCCAGAGCAUCAAGCACGUCGUAUAGUAGCAGCAAUGAAGAUUCAACAUGCCUUUCGCAAGUAUGAGACAAAGAAAUCAAAUGCAGCUGCUGUUCGAAUUCAGCAUAGAUUCCGGACACGGAAAAUCCGUAGAGAAUUUCUUAAUAUGCGGCGUCAGGCUAUUAAAAUCCAAGCUGCUUUCAGGGGCUUUCAAGUCCGGAGGCAAUAUAAAAAGAUCAUAUGGUCUGUUGGGGUGUUAGAGAAAGCAAUUCUGCGAUGGCGGUUAAAGAGGAAAGGCUUUCGAGGUCUCCAGGUUAAUUCUGCUGAGGAUGGGGAGCAGGAAGACGGUGUAGAGGAGGAAUUCUUCAGGACUGGCCUGAAACAAGCCGAAGAACGUGUCGAGAGGUCGGUCGUACGUGUGCAGGCCAUGUUCCGUUCUAAGAAAGCUCAAGAAGAAUACAGAAGAAUGAAGCUAGCAUAUAGUCAAGCAAAGAUGGAUCUGGAAUUUGAAGAUUUCCUCACUUCUGAAGUUGACAUGUUAACUGACAUAUAGCUUGAUAUCUUCCCAGAACAAGGUUUCUCCAUAAUUGAAAUGUAGCAAACUAGGAGGUUUUUGGUGUCUUCUUUGUAUAGUACUAGCUGCAUGUAGAUUAUGUAAAUUCCCUGGUGUAGAUCUGAACCAAUUCCAUAUUGCUUAAAUGUCUUGAAUAGGUUGUCUGUGUUUAAGCUCUGUCUGAUGCAAGAACAAGUUUGUAACUUAUAUAACAAGCCUUCUUUGAUCUGAAUA